AUGGUGGUCCGUUUGCGGCUUUCAAGAUUCGGAUGUAGAAACAAGCCAUUCUACAGAGUAAUGGCAGCUGAUAGCAGAUCUCCUAGAGAUGGCAAGCAUUUGGAAGUUUUGGGCUACUACAAUCCCCUCCCUGGUCAAGAUGACGGUAAAAGAAUGGGUCUUAAUUUUGACAGAGUGAAAUAUUGGCUCUCAGUUGGUGCCCAACCCUCAGAACCUGUGCAACGCCUUCUUUUCCGUGCAGGCUUAUUGCCUCCACCGCCAAUGCUAGCAAUGGGACGAAAAGGUGGCCCACGAGACACACGCCCGGUUGAUCCUAUGACUGGGCGAGUUUUGACACCUGAAAAAACAAACGGGAAAUUAGAAGUGGACACUGAAGGUGAUGAAGCUGACCCUGAAGAAAGUUCGAAUGCUUAA